AGCGUGGAAGCAGUUGCGCGGUGGUGGCGAUGGGGAGGAGGGGGGUUGUGUGGCAACUUGAGAGUUCUCCAGCUAAGUUUGUGUGGCAGAGGACUGCGGCCGCCAUAUCUUUGGAGGAAAAAAGUCACCUUUAUGAUACACGGGGAGCGCUGCUACACAGAUUGUUCCAGAUAGCUAUGCUAACGUUAACGCGCAAGCCAGUGCUGUGUAGCCUGCUUUUUUAAAGAAAGGGGCGUGUUCUCGCUAUCUUGACUGAAAGCCCCGCUCCUCUUACCCGUACUAACUACAGCACAUCUGAGGCUGAAAAAAAAUUGCCUCCCUUUGCCAGAAAACCAGGGUAUCUAGGUUUCUCGCCCUUUUCCCAAACACACCUUGUCACUGUAGAUGGCCGGAGCUACGUGAUUCUGACCAAAAACGUUUGGACGAAGACGCAAUGGAGGACUGAAGCGCGGAGAGGACGUUUUCGCACCGAAAUUUACCGGCUUUUUUCGGCCGAGGUGUAGCUAGCUUGGUAGCCAGCUAGCUACCAAAAAGGAGCCUCGGCACCCGCAAGCGGCCGGUUGCCGAGCUGCCAUUUAAAAAAUAAGGGGCGGGGAGCGGCAGGGUGUGUGCGGGAGAGCCCAUGAGGAAGCCGCGGAGGAGGGGCCGCCAGGCUGGGGGAGGCACGGGCGUCGGAGGGGUGGCUGUGGGGGGUAGGGGCGCGCGAGGUGCGGGGGCCCACCAGCGCUCCCCUUCCCCCUACAGCCUGAAGGUGUCCCCCACCCGGGAGACACUGACCUACGCCCAGGCCCAGAAGAUGGUGGAGGUAGACCUGGACGGGAGGCUGCACCGGAUCAGCAUCUUCGACCCGCUGACGGUCAUCACCGAGGACGAGAUGACCGCCCAGGACAUCGCCGAGUGCAACAGCAACAAGGAGAACAGUGAGCAGCCCCUCUUCCCCAGCAGCGCCAAGCUGGGCCGCAAGGUGGCCACGCCCAAAGGCAGGAAGAAGGACGGCAAGCAUUCCUCCUCCUCCUCGUCGCAGAACCACCACCCUAACUCCCAGCAGUCCAAGUCCCAGUCUAACUCCUCCCUCCACCCGCACCACCUCCACGGCCCCCUCCCCAAGCCCACCUUCCGAGUGCUGGAGUCCUUCUGCCCCACCGAGGCGCCCCCCCUCCCCACCGCCUACUACCGCUACAUCGAGAAGUCGCCCGAGGAGCUGGACACGGAGGCCGAGUACGACAUGGACGAGGAGGACCUGGCCUGGCUGGAGAUGGUGAACGAGAAGCGGGUGUCGGACGGGCAGGCCUCGGUGUCGCCCGACACCUUCGAGCUGCUGAUGGACCGGCUGGAGAAGGAGUCGUACCUGGAGUCGCGGAGCCAGGCGCCGUCCCAGAGCGCCAUCGACGAGGACGCCUUCUGCUGCGUCUGCCUGGACGACGAGUGCCUCAACAGCAACGUCAUCCUCUUCUGCGACAUCUGCAACCUGGCCGUGCACCAGGAGUGCUACGGCGUGCCCUACAUCCCCGAGGGCCAGUGGCUGUGCCGCUGCUGCCUGCAGUCGCCCUCCCGGCCCGUGGACUGCGUCCUCUGCCCCAACCGGGGAGGGGCCUUCAAGCAGACCAGCGACGGGCGCUGGGCGCACGUGGUGUGCGCCAUCUGGAUCCCCGAGGUGUGCUUCGCCAACACCGUCUUCCUGGAGCCCGUGGAGGGUGUGGACAACAUCCCGCCAGCCCGCUGGAAGCUCACCUGCUACCUGUGCAAGCAGAAGGGCCGCGGUGCCUCCAUCCAGUGCCACAAGGCCAACUGCUACACGGCCUUCCACGUCACCUGCGCCCAGCGGGCCGGCCUCUUCAUGAAGAUCGACCCCGUGCGCGAGACCACCGUCAACGGCACCACCUUCUCGGUGAAGAAAACGGCCUUCUGCGACGCCCACUCCCCGCCUGGGGGCGAGCGCCGGGGCGGGGUGGGCUCGGACGAGGAGUCGUCCGGCAGGCUGGUGGGGGGCCGGGGCAACAGGGGCCGCAGCGCCUACACCCAGAGCCCCGCCCUACAGACGACGCAUCGGCGGGCCGGCAAGAAGGCCUCCAGGGUGCUGAAGAAGAAGGCCAAGAAGAGCCUGGAGGCUGCGUCGCGCCGCGCGGCCAUGCCGCUGGUCACCGUGCCGCAGAUCCCCGCGCAUAGGUUGAACAAAAUCUGCAAGGGGAUUCUGCUGCAGAGGAAGAACCAGUUCAUGCAGAGGCUGCACAACUACUGGCUGCUGAAGCGGCAGUCGCGUAAUGGGGUACCUCUGAUCCGGCGCCUGCACUCACACCUGCAGGCCCAGAGGAGCGCAGAGCAGACGGAGCCAGACGAGAAGGUGAGCGCGGUGAGGGAGGAGCUGAAGUACUGGCAGAAGCUGCGGCACGACCUGGAGAGAGCCAGGCUCUUAGUGGAGCUCAUCCGUAAGAGGGAGAAGCUGAAGAGGGAGCAGGUGAAGGUGCACCAGGCGGCCCUGGAGCUGCAGCUGACCCCCGCGCUGGUGCUGCUUCGCUCCACCCUGGACCAGCUGCAGGAGAAAGACCCCGCGCAGAUUUUCGCCCAGCCCGUCAACCUCAAGGAGGUGCCGGACUACCUGGAGUUCAUCACCCAGCCCAUGGACUUCUCCACCAUGCGCUCCAAGCUGGAGGCGCACAACUACCGCACGCUGGCCGAGCUGGAGGGCGACUUCAACUUGAUGGUGGCCAACUGCCUGCGCUACAACGCCCGGGACACGGUCUUUCACCGGGCGGCGGUGCGCUUGCGUGACCUCGGGGGCGCCAUCCUGCGGCACGCCCACCGGCAGGCCCACAGCACUGGGCUGGACCCCGAAACCGGCAUGCACCUGCCGGACUCCCCGCACAAAAACGACUACUACCGCUGCUCCUGGGAGGACGUGGACACGCUCCUGGUCCCGGAGAAUCGGCUGCACCUGUCCCCGGAGGACCAGCUGAAGGAGCUGCUGGACAAGCUGGACAUGGUGACGUCGAUGCGCUCGAGCGGCGCCCGCACCCGCCGUAUCCGCCUGCUGCGCCGCGAGAUCAACAGCAUCCGCCACAAGCUGGGCCAGCAGCAGCAGCGCCACCUGCUGGCGCUCAACGGCAGCGUCAAGGAGGAAGAGGAGGAGGAGGAGGGCGAGGGCGAGGAGGAGGGCCGGGAGAGAGGCGGCGCCGCCGAUAAUUCGCACAUAUCCUCCGCCACGCCCGAGAACGAGGACAUGAAGUCUACCCCUCCACCAACGCUAGAACCCACGAGUCCCGCCCUGUCCCAUCCCCAGGGAGACGCCCCCCAGGACCCGCCCACCCUGCGGCCGGUGAUGGGCGAGCCGAGAACCCCCGGGCGUUCGCACAAGCGCCUGAAAUCGGACAGUGAGGGCUCAGGCGGGGGCGGCAGUCAGGGGACGGGCAGCAGCAACGGCGGCGGGGGCGAGGAGGCGAAGAGCCCCCCCGCCGAGGCCAAGCUGGUGAACGGCCUCUCCGGGCCCGAGGCCCCGCCCGCCGCCACCACCCCUCCCGCCAUCGGCGUAGGCCGCCGCACCUCCAUCCUCUUCAAGAAGGCAAAAAACGGGGCCAAGCUACUGAAAGACAAAGAGAGCUCGUUACAGAACGGGGCCGGGGGCGGGGAGGACACGCACAGCACCGGCCCCGCCCCCAGCCCUGCCCCUACCCCGCCUGCAGCUGUGCCCCCCCAGCCUGCACUCCAAACUCCGCCCCGUCCUCCCUCACCGACCACCCCCAAGCAAAGACCCCGCAGCCUCAGCGCCAGCUCGGAGAGCGAGGGGGAGAAGUCCCCCCCCCACGCCCGAGAGGGAGGCCUGACGAAUGGUUUCAGGAAGCACAGAGACAGCUGUUCAGACUCUGAGUGCAGCGCCUCCCCCUCCUUCCAUAAAGAGAGUGUUUCACCACCCAAACGCAGCCGAGGGAAACCAGCACUUUCCAAAGUCCCCUUCCUGGAUGGUGUUAACGGAGAUUCGGACUAUACUGGUACAGGCAGCAGCCUCCUCAUGCCAUUUGAAAACGGAGCGGAGCUGGAGCCUUUGGACCUGGUUUGGGCAAAGUGUCGCGGGUACCCCUCCUACCCCGCUCUGAUCAUUGACCCAGACAUGCCCCAGGAGGGCCUGCUCCACAACGGCGUUCCCAUCCCGGUCCCUCCCCUGGAGGUGCUGAAGCUGGGGGAGCAGAGACAGGAGGAGGCGGGGGAGAAGCUCUUCCUCGUGCUCUUCUUCGACAACAAGAGGACCUGGCAGUGGCUGCCGCGGGACAAGGUGCUGCCUCUGGGCGUGGACGACACGGCGGACAAGCUGCGCAUGAUGGAGGGCAGGAAGACCAGCAUACGCAAGUCCGUGCAGGUGGCCUACGACCGCGCCAUGAUCCACCUGAGCCGCGUGCGUGGAGACCACGCCUUCGUCACCUCCAGCUACCUGUAGGGGGUGCCCCCUACCUGUGGAGAGCGGAGGGUCUGGCAGCUCGCCUGUGUCACAUUUAAUUAC